UUACUAAUAUCAAAUAAAAAAAAAGAAACAAAAUUUUGAUUUGGUUCACAAUAAAGUCACUUUGAUGUACUUGGGGAACCUUAUGGACGAUCUUCUGUGAUCUCUUUUUGGUCUCAACAUUCUUUUCAUCUUCCUUUGUUUUGUUAUAAAUAGCCUAUGAUUCAAGAAACUCAAGUCUCAGGCAACACUGAGCUUGAUACUAUAGGAUAUACAACAACAAAAACUCUUUUCUUCACCCAAAAGCUAGGUUUAUUUCAUGGGCUUUUGGUUUUAAAUAUCUUUCAAUCUACAAGAGAGAAAGAAUUUUGUUUCUUCUUCUCCAAGAAACAAGCCACAGAUUGACUGAGACUUCCUUUAAGAAACCAUGGAUAAAGUUGUGAGAAUGUCUUCGGAUAAAGGAGUGGUUAUAUUCAGCAAGAGCUCGUGUUGCAUGUCCUAUGCGGUCCAGGUCCUCUUCCAAGACCUCGGGGUUCACCCGACUGUCCAUGAGAUAGACAAGGACCCUGAUUGUCGUGAGAUAGAGAAAGCCCUAAUGAGGCUCGGGUGUUCCACACCGGUCCCAGCCAUCUUUGUGGAUGGGAAGCUCGUUGGUUCGACCAAUGAAGUCAUGUCGAUGCACCUUAGCGGCUCGCUGGUUCCGCUGGUUAAGCCAUUUCAAGCUAAUCUAUGUUAAAAUGUGUUCUAACUUUCUAAACUAAACAUAUAAUUCAAUAAGAAACAAUCUAAAUCACAAUCUAAUAGCCGAUGCAAGUAUGCAACCUUUGUAAUGUAGCUUUAUAAAUAUUGUUUGUUUGUAAUUUCAUUAAAGUGAUCCUGUAAUAAUUGACUAGUUUAAGCUUUUAUGGUAAUAUUUCAGGGAA